UGCCCCCGCGCGCCCCCCCUCCUGCUCCGAGUGAAAACUGAGAUAGUGAGGAAAGAGCGACGGGAGGAAACUGGAUGUAUUAGCUAGUGCGCUACUUUAGGGACACCUUCACCCCCUACUUUCGGUUUCCGCUUGCGCAAAUCAAAGCGCCCCGAUGCGGGGAUCUCCGCUGCGUGUUCUGUGCGCUGGGAAAACGUCGUAAAGCAAAAAGUUGAAACGUUCAACGACAGUCCGACGGAGGACGGCUAGCACAGCCCGACGAGAGUUAGCCCGCUGCGGCUAACGUAGCCUGUCGCUGCUAGCAAGAGAAAGAAAGAAGAAGAAGAACAAACGGGCUGCUGGAAAAGAGGCAACGGGUCAAAGUGGCGCUGCGAGGUAACCAGUAAUGUUGCCUCCCGGGAUCAACUUUAGAUACGGAUGAGACAGAAGUUGGGCAACAGAGAACAACUGCGAUGUUGGGGUUGAUUCACGGCUCUGGCAGCCCGCCGGAGUCCCGGGGUUGGCCCCACUCGGUGCCGUGGAGGCUCGGGGGCUUCUGCUUCCUCCUGCUGCUGGAGGGGGCCGGCUGCCUCGCCAACCCGAGCAGCACUUCUGGCGGCGUCAACAACAACAACCACAACAACCACAACAACCAGCAGCAGCCCAGUGUCAACAUAUACAUGAGUCUCGAGGAGGUGAAGCAGCUUUUGGGCCUGGACGCAGAGCUCUACUAUGUGCGUGACGACGUGGUGAAUCACUACGCUCUCUCCUUCACCCUGCCGGUGCCCAGUGAGACCAACAGCCUUCACUUCUCAUGGCAUUCCAAGACCAAGGUGGACUACCGGCUUGGCUUCCUCAUGGAGAACCCCGUUGCCAUGAACCAGCCACAGAGCAACAUCUCCACCCAGGGGGAGGUGCCCCGUGUUCCCUCUGUCUUCAGAGUGGACCUCUUCUGUUCCGGCAAGGUGGAUGGAGAGGCUGUUUUAACUGUGCAGCUCAAUCUGACCAUCCACGCCAACAACUACACAGUGCUCAACUUCAAGAGGAGGAAAAUGUGUUAUAAAAGGAUAGAUGACCCAAAGAGUCCCAUUCCCCUCAACAAUAACACUCUUCCGCGGCCCGACUUAGACGGUGUGACCACCCCCACCACCUCCACCCAGGUGUUCUACAUAAGUGUGAGCGUCUGCUGCAUUGUCAUCUUCCUGGUGGCCAUCAUCCUGGCCAUCCUGCACCUGCACAGCAUGAAGAGGGUGGAGAUGGAAGACAGUGUGAGUGACAGCGGCAGCUCGCAGGGCCUGUCUCAGCCGUCCACCCAGACCACGCAGUACCUGAGGGCGGACACGCCAAACAACGUCGCCCCCGUCACCAACAAUCACCCUGGUUCUGCGCCCAUACUCCAGCUUGCUGCCACCUCCUUCCAAAACCCCGGUGCUCCCCCACAUGAAACCAAAAGUUACCCGUCUCUCCGCAUUGAGAAGAACGACCUGAGGAGUGUGACUCUAAUGGAGGCCAAAGCUAAAGUGAAAGACAUCGCCAUCUCAAGGGAGAGAGUCACAUUGCGGGACGUCUUACACGAAGGCACGUUUGGGCGCAUCUUCCUUGGCGUGCUGCUGGAUGAAAAGGACCCCAGCAAGGAAAAGCAGGUCUUUGUGAAGACGGUGAAAGAUAAUGCGUCUGAGGUGCAGGUGACCAUGAUGUUGACUGAAAGCUGCAAGCUCCGUGGACUUCAUCAUCGGAACCUGCUGCCCAUAAGUAACGUGUGCACGGAGGACGGAGAGAAGCCCAUGGUGCUGUUGCCGUUCAUGGCUUGGGGGAAUCUCAAGCUGUUCCUGCGGCAGUGCAAGCUCGCCGAGGCCAACAACCCACAGGCAAUCUCUCAACAAGACUUGGUUUACAUGGCCAUCCAGAUCGCAUGUGGAAUGAGCUACCUGGCCCGCAGGGAGGUCAUCCACAAAGACCUUGCUGCCAGGAACUGUGUCAUUGACGAUAACAUGCAGGUGAAGAUAACAGACAAUGCCCUUGCCCGAGACCUAUUUCCCAUGGAUUACCACUGUCUGGGGGAUAAUGAGAACAGGCCAGUCCGCUGGAUGGCCCUGGAAAGUUUGCUCAACAACGACUUCUCCAGUGCGAGUGACGUGUGGGCCUUCGGAGUGACGCUGUGGGAGCUGAUGACUCUGGGUCAGACCCCCUACGUCGACAUCGACCCUUUCGAGAUGUCGGCCUACCUGAAGGACGGGUACCGGAUAGCACAACCAAUCAACUGCCCAGAUGAGCUGUUCGCGGUGAUGGCGUGCUGCUGGGCCCUGGACCCCGAGGAGAGGCCCAAGUUUCAGCAGCUUGUUCAGUGUCUCACGGAGUUCCACGCGGCGUUGGGCGCUUACGUGUGAAGCGAGCCGCUCCUUCCUCUUCUUUCUUUUCUUUUUCUUUUAAAGCGAGGACUUUUACACUGAAGGCUUUGUGGACACUAUUCAUAAGGAACACAUGUAUGAAAACGUGCCUUAUCAGACAAAAGAGCAGACUUAAGUCCUGAUGAUUUGUAUUCUGUACAGUUCUUUUUGGAGUUUUUAUAUAGUUGAAUUCCCUUUUUACAGCAUAGCAAAGUAAAAGGAUUCUUUGUUGAAUAUUGUUCCGUAUGCUUUGAAAGCAUCUAGAAAUGGCAACUGUGGUGCUCUUUCCUCGCAUUCACGGAUAUUUACGCGCCAGUGGACACUUAUUUUUUUAAAGAACACUUAAGCCUCCGACAACCUGGUUUUAAAAAGACAGUAUUUUCUAGAGUUUUGUAACUUACAACAGUAGAAGUGAUGUUGAUGAAAGGAGGCGGAACGGUUCCGGUACCAGGGCUGACUCGAGGGCUGACUCGAGGGCUGACUCGAGGGCUGACUCGAGGGCUGACUCUGCUGCGCCGUACGAGAGGCCUCCUGGAAACCAGAUCGUCGUGUGUCCAGGUGAAUCCUUAACGAGAGGGACACCGCUGGGUCUGGAGGACUUUUGGAUCAGACGUCUGGACACCAGAGCAGAGCCACUUUGUUGAACGACGUCUGGACACCGUGGUCAUUUGAAAUGCCGGCACCUUCUUCCUCUUCCUGCCUUUUCUACAUGUUAUUCUCCACCGUCACAAACCUCUCAGACAGAACCAUCGUUCCGUCUCUAUUCUAUAAGCUUGAUUGUUCUGCGUCAGAACACAGCCCUUCACAGGAAUUUUUUUUUAAUGACUGAUUUUGAUGGUGAGUAACUCUAACACAAAUAAUCACUGUGAACACGUACAAACGGCCGACCAGCUCGGUCGAAUCGUAUUCCCACACCUUUUUAACAUCUUUGUGAUGUGUCUUUAUGGUCACUGCAUGUUGAAUUAAGGUUUUUAAACUGCUUCCCGAUUUCAUAUCCACAAAUUAAAUGGGAUCUUUUAAAUAUA